UCAAUGGAGUGUAGACGUUUGUUGUGAGAUUUGUUUCCAAUAAUUUCGCCUUUCGUCGUCUAAAUUUUUGUGUAAUGUAAUAAACUAGUUAGAAAAAAUCUUUUUUACUUUUUCGCUAGAUAGGGGUUGGGAUUUUUUCUUAGAGUUUAGAUGUAGAUAGUUUAGAAUGUUACUUGGGCAAUUAUUGGUACCACUCUUCUGCCUCGGGUUGGAAGCUGUUCGGACCCAGGCGGAUGAGGUGGAGAUACGGCAGGUGGCUGCAGACAAGGGGACCGAUGUGUCGAUACCUUGUGGCGAGUUGAGCCCGCCUGCCAACGUCCUAUGGGUCUACAGGGGGAAUCGCACACACCACGAAGUACUUAUAGACGGCAGCUUGUCUCUCACCCAGGUGGGUGUGGAUGACGAGGGCCUGUACGAGUGCGGCGUGGAGAACGAGACAGCCUUCCUCGACAGGGUCAAUCUCACUAUACGAACGGAACCGCCGCCGCUGGUGAACGUCACGGUCCACGCGUCUACAAUCCUCGCCAUCAUCUUGUGGAACGUGGCCGGCGACGGCGGACACCCCAUCAUAGACUUUACGGCGCAGUACCGCUCCGCUGCGCCCGUUAACGGCUCCCUAGAGCCCUGGAGACCCAUCAGUCCCAACCAUAUUAGCCCUAACUCGCGGCAGAUCGACGUGUACCACCUGGACACGAACGCGUCGUACUGGUUCCGCGUGUGGGCCAACAACGUGCUGGGCCCGGGCCCGCCGGUCGAGGUGCUCGCCACCACGCUAUACAGCGACCAGGAAGCAGAGCUAUACAAGCACUUCCUGGAGGGUGCGGAGAGCUUCGACACCCGGACGUGGGUGGCGGCGGUGUGCGUCGUGAUGGGGACGCUGUGCGUGCUCGCGGUGGGCACCUGCGCCGUGCUGUGCCGCGAGUGGCGCCGACCAGAGUACGCAGAGGAGCAGGACGUUAUAGAGCUAGUGCCUAACAUAAUUUUGAAUCCUGGCUUCAUGGAGUCCGACCCGGUCCGUCCUCGGGAGACGUACGCGGCGUCGAUCAUCAAAUCGGUGGAGUGUCCGGGGCCGGGCAAGCCUAGGCGUGUCUGAUUCUCGUCUAUACUAAACCUUAGAAUAUUCUAUCUUACCGAUCCGGGACUGUUGUCAUGAUGAGCUAGGUUAGAGUGAUGUCAGACAGAAUGGACGGAGAAGAAUUGAUUCGAAAAAACGAAUAUUAUCAGAAUAAAGAUUUAACACAUUUCUUGGUCAGGAUUCAAAAGACUUUAAAGUAGGUCAAAAUUAAUUGGUGAAUAGCAUUUGCUUAUGUAAAAACCAAAUUCUUUUAUAUUUUUAUUCCUUGUCUUGUGGUCAAUGUUUAGUAGAGGUCUAUGGAAAAAAAACGAUUUUACAUAAGCUUACGAUACGAUUCCUAUUGCAUAAAACUAGGCUGUAGUUCGUAACAGCUUUUGUGGUUUCAAUGCGACAUCAUAUUAUAAUAUCAAAAAUAUUAUUAUAUCAUAUGUCCGACCAAAUUUUAAUAGCGUGAUUUUAAGGGUAAGGACAUAUCAGUAAUGUGGUGGGUAUUUUGCUAUCGGAAUGGAAAGAUAGGAUAUUCUAUAGUUUUUAGAAAAUAUUGUUCAAUUGAUAAAAACAAUGUACUUUUCCAAAAAGUUUUAACCUUUUUUUAAAAUAGGUAUUAUAAGACUCGUGUAAAAAAUUUGGUGAAGUAUACUGGGUUUAAUAGUAUAUAGUGUUUAAGCGUUUUAUGCUAAUCUUUGCUGGUGUUACCGUUGUAGAAUUAUAAUACAUACUUCAAGAUCUGUAUUCUGAAUUCCCACCGUUUGAUAUUAUAAUUACGAGCAAAUUAAUACUUAAUAAAAGUAAGAAAAUUUAAACACCAAAAAUAAUUCACACUGGUAACCCAGCAAGCGUGUUUGGAAUAAUAUUGCUUAAUGUUU